AUGCUUAUUGCUAAUGCCCAAUGCGAGCUAGAAGCAAGAGGGCUUGAAGUUCAUUACGAAACUUUGGCCUUGUCCGAACGUGCCACGAGUGUUAUCAAUGUCCAACAUCAAGUUAAUCCCGAUGUACUUGAUUUGCGUCCUUACGCUGAUGAAGUCGAUGAUCUCCUUUUAAUUGAAAUGGCGCAUCAACUUCGAGCUAAUCAAUCAACUAAUUAUACACUCCUGAUACUCUCUGGAUGCUGUAAUUUUACUUGUGUUGGCUUGCGCUCUCUUGUGCACGCUGUUGGCAAAGCGAUGCGCCAGCUUGACUGCUCGUGCACCGAUUUAUCGAUUCCAAUGCUGCAGGUGCUAGCAACAGGUAUUGAGCAUCUAGACGAAGUCAACUUUUCGUCGUGCCAACAACUUUCAAGUGAAGACGAUGCUCUGGGGUGGAUAAGUGGCUUGAUGGGGCCUCAAAGUUCACGAACUCGAUGUCGCCGUUUACUAUCGCUCGAUAUAUCAUCUUGCAAUAACGUUCGUGACCAAGGAAUAUCCCACAUUGUUCGAGGCUGCAAAUUGUUGCAUGUUCUCAGCUUGAAGCGAUGCCACCAACUGACUAAUGCUACUCUUAGACGCAUCGGAAAACAUGGUGUACAUUUGCGCACCCUUGAUUUAAGCGGUUGUUACGCAAUGUCAUCUGCCGGGCUACUAGAGAUGGUACAGGGUACAACAUUGCUGCAGUCGCUGAACCUCGAGGGAUGUCUGCGUAUGCGCGAGGAAAUCCUUGCGUCGGUUACAAAAGCCUGUCCUGCCUUACAAACCUUUAAUCUGACAGGUUGUCAUGAAAUCACGGACGCAGGCAUCAACACACUAGCUGAAAGGUUGAUUUUUGCACGAAAAGCACACUCAUAUCGCGGCCUUGAACCUUAUGUCGAUGGGCUGCUGAUCAAAUAUUCGAUUCAAGAACAAACUAUUCGAUCAUCAGCGACACUUAGACUUCAGGCCUUCUACCGUGGAUACAUUGGCCGAUGUGUUGCUAACUCAAAGAGUAAAUUAUUGGAACAGGUGUCGGCAUCUUACAAAAUUUGGCGAUUUUACACGUGCUGGCGAAUCAGACGCGCCCUCGAUCUUCGUGUAAAGCAAAGAAAGCUUUUCAAUCGUAGUGCCGUUCGAAUUCAAAGAUUAAUCACAGGAGUACCUGGUCGAGCUAGUAUUACAGAUUCUCAAGUUGAAGAACAAAGACUGGUCCUUAAAGCAAUAUCAGCAGUAAAAAUUCAGGCUGCUUUUCGAGGGUUUUGGACACGCAGGCACUUCAUGUUUGUACGAAAAUAUCUCGAGCGAUUUCGGCUUGAGCAAAACUUUCUAUUGCGUGAAAGGGCGGCAGAUCGUUUACAAAAAUUCAUUCGCGCGCGAUGUGGCAUUUCUCACUUCGAAUCUCUCAUGGCGCUCAAUCAAAGUCGUCGGAUGGCGCAGUGCGACGCUGUAGUAAAGCUGCAGCGAUUGUAUAGAGCUUUUGCUACACGUCGGGGCUAUCGCCAGUUGCUUAUGGCUAUAGCAAAACAGCAAGAAGAAAAUCUUAGACUUAAUCAGAUUGCAGUAAAUGUACAAAGCAAGUGGCGCGGGUAUCGUGGUCGUCAAUAUGAUUUAAGUCUGCGCCGAGCAAGAGCAAACUCGUGA